AUGCACCAAGUCACUGAAGAACUCCAAGUCCAAAGCCCAGAGGCAACACAGCCUUGGACUUUCAAUCCCCUUUUUCAUAACCGUGAAUACUCUCACAAGCUGUCGUCUAACAUAAGACAAGACAAGGGGACCAUAUUUUCAAAUCUCGAGACCAGUUUGGAGGUUUUCCAAAGUGGCGGCAUCCAAAUGGGAGAUGGGAUUUUACUUCUUUUGCUUUGCCUCCAUUUUCUGGCCAGAUUUUGUGAAUCAGAUAGCCUUCUUUCCCCGAAGGGUGUCAACUAUGAAGUAGCUGCAUUAAUGUCCAUGAAGACUAAAAUGAUUGAUAAAUAUCACGUUUUGGAUGGAUGGGAUAUCAAUUCGGUUGAUCCUUGUACCUGGAACAUGGUAGCUUGUUCUCCAGAAGGCUAUGUUGUUUCUCUUGAAAUGGUUAGUGUGGGAUUAUCAGGCACACUUUCCCCAAGUAUUGGGAACUUAACUCACCUCAAAACUUUGUUGUUGCAGAAUAAUAGGUUAUAUGGGUACAUACCCAUUGAGAUUGGGAAGCUCUUAGAACUGCUCACUCUUGACUUGUCCGGAAAUCAGUUUGCUGGUGAUAUUCCCAGCUCUUUAGGUUACCUUACUCAUCUAACUUUCUUGAAGCUUAGCAGAAACAAGUUAUCUGGACAAAUUCCUGAAUCGGUUGCUGAUCUUGCCGGGCUAUCAUUCUUAGAUUUGUCCUUCAAUAACCUUAGUGGGCCUACACCAAAAAUACUAGCCAAAGACUACAGUAUUGCUGGAAACACUUUCCUCUGCUCUUCUGUUUCUCCUGAAAUUUGUGAUGGUGUACCCAAACCAUUAAAUGAGAGCAGUCUAUAUAAGAACAGUAGCAGUCAUCACCACAGAUGGAUUUUAUCAGUCAUCAUAGGUGUCAGUUGCACUUUUGUAGUUUCAGUGAUGAUUCUUAUUUGUUGGGUGCACUGGUACAGAUCUCAUCUUCGCCUUGCAUCUCAUGUACAGCAAGACUAUGAGUUUGAUAUUGGUCAUCUAAAGAGGUUUACAUUCCGCGAACUGCAAAAUGCUACAAGCAAUUUCAGUUCCAAAAAUGUGCUUGGCCGAGGUGGAUUUGGGGUUGUUUAUAAAGGAUAUCUUCCUAACAAAACUGUGGUGGCUGUCAAAAGAUUACGAGAUCCUAAUUUCACAGGGGAAGUGCAGUUCCAGACUGAAGUUGAGAUGAUUGGUUUGGUUUUGCACCGGAACCUUCUUCGUUUAUAUGGCUUCUGUAUGACUCCCGAGGAGAGGUUGCUUGUUUAUCCUUACAUGCCAAAUGGAAGUGUUGCAGAUAGAUUAAGAGAUACUGGUCAAGAGAAGCCAUCUUUAGACUGGAACAAGCGCAUGCGUAUUGCCCUUGGAGCUGCUCGUGGCCUUGUGUAUCUGCACGAACAAUGUAAUCCAAAAAUCAUUCACAGGGAUGUCAAGGCAGCCAAUAUUUUACUUGAUGAAAGUUUUGAAGCCGUGGUAGGGGAUUUUGGUCUUGCCAAGCUCUUAGAUCGAAGAGACUCACAUGUUACAACUGCAGUCCGAGGCACUAUUGGACAUAUUGCUCCUGAAUACCUCUCGACCGGGCAAUCUUCUGAGAAAACUGAUGUCUUUGGGUAUGGCAUACUUCUUUUGGAGCUGAUAACAGGUCAGAAGGCAUUAAAUGGUGGCAAUGGUCCACUUCAGAAAGGAAUGAUACUUGAUUGGGUUAAAACUUUACAUAACGAGAAAAGGCUAGAUGUUCUGGUGGAUAAGGAUCUGAAGGUCUGUUUUAAUGCCGGUGAGCUGGAGAAAGUAGUGGAAGUAGCUCUGCAGUGCACACAAUCGAGCCCCAUCAUGCGGCCCAAGAUGUCUGAGGUCUUGAGAGUAGUGGAAGCCAUUGCUGGACAACCAUGCCAUAGUGAAGAAUCACAAGUAGAAGGGAACAUUUGUGAUCGUGGAACUUUUAGUUUCUCAAGAAACCUUCAUGACAUGUGUGAAGAAUCCUCAUUUACAAUGGAAGCCGUGGAGCUUUCAGGACCAAGAUAA